CGCCCACCGCCCGGGCCCCGAUGAGUAACUCCCGGAAUAACCGGGUGAUGGUGGAAGGGGUCGGGGCCCGGGUGGUGCGCGGACCGGACUGGAAGUGGGGGAAGCAGGACGGCGGCGAGGGCCAUGUGGGCACGGUGCGGAGCUUCGAGAGCCCCGAAGAGGUGGUGGUGGUGUGGGACAACGGCACCGCCGCCAACUACCGCUGUUCCGGGGCCUACGACCUGCGCAUCCUGGACAGCGCGCCCACCGGCAUCAAGCAUGAUGGAACCAUGUGUGAUACCUGCCGCCAGCAACCAAUCAUUGGUAUUCGAUGGAAAUGUGCAGAGUGUACAAAUUAUGAUUUGUGCACAGUGUGUUAUCAUGGAGAUAAACAUCAUUUAAGGCAUCGCUUUUAUAGAAUUACUACGCCAGGAAGUGAGCGGGUUCUAUUAGAGUCUCGUAGAAAAUCUAAGAAGAUUACAGCCAGAGGAAUCUUUGCAGGUGCCAGAGUCGUACGAGGAGUAGACUGGCAGUGGGAAGAUCAAGAUGGAGGAAAUGGGCGUAGGGGAAAGGUAACAGAAAUCCAGGACUGGAGUGCAUCGAGCCCGCAUAGUGCAGCCUAUGUUCUCUGGGAUAAUGGUGCUAAGAACCUUUACAGAGUUGGCUUUGAGGGCAUGUCUGAUCUGAAGUGUGUCCAGGAUGCCAAAGGGGGAUCUUUCUACAGAGACCACUGCCCUGUGCUAGGUGAGCAGAAUGGCAACAGGAAUCCUGGUGGAUUGCAGAUUGGUGAUCUAGUAAAUAUAGAUCUUGACCUAGAAAUUGUACAGUCUUUGCAGCAUGGUCAUGGAGGAUGGACCGAUGGAAUGUUUGAGACUUUAACUACAACUGGAACUGUUUGUGGCAUUGAUGAAGAUCAUGACAUUGUCGUACAGUAUCCAAGUGGCAAUAGGUGGACCUUCAAUCCUGCUGUUCUCACUAAAGCAAACAUUGUCCGAAGUGGAGAUGCUGCUCAAGGUGCAGAAGGAGGCACCUCCCAGUUUCAAGUGGGUGAUCUUGUACAAGUUUGUUAUGAUCUGGAAAGAAUUAAACUUCUACAAAGAGGACAUGGUGAAUGGGCUGAAGCGAUGCUUCCGACUUUAGGUAAAGUUGGCCGAGUACAACAGAUUUAUUCAGACAGUGAUUUAAAGGUGGAAGUUUGUGGAACAUCUUGGACAUAUAAUCCAGCAGCAGUUUCCAAGGUGGCGUCUGCAGGAUCAGCCAUUAGCAAUGCAUCUGGUGAAAGACUGUCACAACUCCUGAAGAAAUUAUUUGAAACCCAAGAAUCUGGUGACCUCAAUGAAGAAUUAGUUAAGGCUGCUGCCAAUGGAGAUGUUGCUAAAGUGGAAGAUUUGCUAAAAAGACCAGAUGUGGAUGUGAAUGGGCAAUGUGCUGGCCACACAGCUAUGCAAGCUGCUAGUCAGAAUGGACAUGUUGACAUUUUGAAGUUACUUUUGAAGCAAAAUGUGGAUGUAGAAGCAGAGGAUAAAGAUGGAGAUCGAGCAGUUCACCAUGCAGCUUUUGGAGAUGAAGGUGCUGUUAUAGAAGUACUACACCGAGGCAGUGCUGAUUUGAAUGCUCGCAACAAGCGCCGACAGACACCACUUCAUAUUGCUGUCAAUAAAGGUCAUCUUCAGGUUGUGAAGACUUUAUUGGACUUUGGCUGUCAUCCUAGUCUCCAGGAUUCUGAAGGUGAUACCCCUCUUCAUGAUGCAAUAAGUAAGAAACGUGAUGAUAUCCUGGCAGUUCUUUUGGAAGCUGGAGCAGAUGUUACCAUCACAAACAAUAAUGGGUUUAAUGCUCUACAUCAUGCUGCACUAAGGGGAAAUCCCAGUGCAAUGCGUGUUUUACUAUCUAAAUUACCAAGACCAUGGAUUGUGGAUGAGAAGAAAGAUGAUGGUUAUACUGCCUUGCAUCUGGCUGCCCUUAAUAAUCAUGUAGAAGUGGCUGAACUGUUGGUACAUCAGGGUAAUGCAAACCUGGAUAUCCAGAAUGUGAACCAACAGACUGCCCUACACCUUGCUGUUGAACGACAGCACACCCAAAUUGUUAGGCUUUUGGUCCGAGCAGGUGCCAAACUAGAUAUUCAGGAUAAAGAUGGAGAUACUCCUUUGCAUGAAGCUCUGAGGCAUCACACUUUGUCUCAGCUAAGGCAGCUCCAAGAUAUGCAAGAUGUGGGGAAGGUGGAUGCUGCCUGGGAGCCAUCCAAAAACACAUUGAUAAUGGGACUUGGUACCCAGGGGGCAGAGAAGAAGAGUGCAGCAUCUAUUGCCUGUUUCUUGGCAGCCAAUGGGGCUGACCUUAGCAUUCGAAAUAAGAAGGGUCAGUCACCACUUGAUCUGUGUCCUGAUCCAAGUCUCUGCAAAGCACUUGCUAAGUGUCAUAAGGAAAAAGUCAGUGGUCAAGUGGGUUCUCGGAGCCCUUCUAUGAUUAGUAAUGAUUCUGAAACCCUAGAAGAGUGUAUGGUGUGCUCAGAUAUGAAGAGAGAUACUCUUUUUGGCCCAUGUGGACAUAUUGCUACCUGUUCUUUAUGUUCUCCACGAGUCAAGAAAUGCCUCAUAUGUAAAGAACAAGUUCAAUCCAGGACAAAGAUUGAAGAAUGUGUGGUAUGCUCUGACAAGAAAGCAGCUGUUCUUUUUCAGCCUUGUGGACACAUGUGUGCUUGUGAGAACUGUGCUAGCUUGAUGAAAAAGUGCGUGCAAUGUCGGGCAGUAGUUGAACGAAGAGUGCCUUUCAUUAUGUGCUGUGGAGGGAAAAGCUCAGAAGAUGCCUCGGACGAUAUCUCUAGUGGGAAUAUUCCAGUGUUACAAAAGGACAAAGAUAAUACCAAUGUCAAUGCAGAUGUGCAAAAGUUGCAGCAACAGUUACAGGACAUUAAGGAGCAGACAAUGUGCCCUGUGUGUUUGGAUCGUCUGAAGAAUAUGAUUUUCCUCUGUGGCCACGGAACAUGCCAGCUCUGCGGAGACCGCAUGAGUGAAUGUCCUAUUUGUCGCAAGGCUAUUGAACGAAGGAUUCUUUUGUAUUAACUGAGAAACACAGUGCAUUUUGUUAGCUAAAGUAUCUGGUCAUGAGAUCUUAGUAAGCUUUUAAGAUAGUUGGAAAUUCUAAAGAAUUAAUUUCUAAUAUCAUAGUUUCUUUAUUAGAGUGUAAUAAAAUUAUAAAUGUACCAGAAC